AUGUCAGAACCUCAGCACGCCUCAAUCAAAGAUGAACGCCCUUCUGGACAGCCAGCACCUGCCCACUCUAAAUAUAAGAAGUUUGUUCUACCAUUAAUUGGCUUAUUGACUUUGGGGUUUGCCUACAUAAGCCGUUCUACCGGUAAUGCGUCAAAUUCAACCUUUGAGGUCCCUGUUUCUCAACAUUGUGUAAAAUCCAAACCAUACUAUCCGUCGUUCAAUAAGUCUGUGAAUUUGAUUUUGAACGACAAGCAAUUUAAAACUGACUCGAUAAAGAAGUUGUCUGGUGCUAUUCAGAUACCUACCGAAAUUAGUGACGUCAAUCCACAGCCAGACAGCGAUCUAGAGUAUUAUUCAGAGUUUUUCAAACUCCACAAAUACUUUGAAGAGACUUUUCCUCUUGUUCAUUCUCAUUUGAAGGUAGAAAAAGUCAACAAAUUAGGGUUGCUGUAUACAUGGGAGGGUUCCGAUCCAAGUUUGAAACCAAUACUAUUUAUGGCACACCAAGACGUCGUCCCAGUUAACAGAGAAUUAUGGGAUUCUUGGGAUUAUCCGCCAUUUUCGGGUCACUAUGAUCCAGAAACUGAUUAUAUUUGGGGUCGUGGUUCCAUUGAUUGUAAGAAUUUAUUGCUCGCUGAAUUAGAAGGUAUAGAACAACUGCUGCUUGAUGGUUACCAACCAAAAAGAUCUGUUAUCCUGUCCAUGGGCUUUGAUGAAGAAUCAAGUGGGUUUUUCGGCGCUAAAGCUCUGGCAUCGCUUUUGUUGGAAAGGUAUGGUCCAAACAGUAUGUUUUCCAUUAUGGAUGAGGGUGCUGGGCUUUUGAAAUUCAGAGAUAAUCUGUAUGUUGCCGCAGCUGUAAAUGCUGAGAAGGGUUAUGUCGAUGUUAAUAUUGCUGUUCACGGCCAUGGUGGUCAUUCAUCCGUUCAACCUGAUCAUACUACCAUUGGUGUCGCAUCAGAAUUGAUUUUUAUGAUGGAAAACGAUCCAUUUAAUUACGAUUUCUCGCUUGAUAACCCCAUAUAUGAUGUGCUACAAUGUGUUGCCGAACAUUCCACCUUUCUGCCACCCCACAUCAAAGACGCAAUUCUAAAAGCCCCGGUAGAUGAGGAUGAAAGGAAACUUUUAACAGAGUUUGCUAGUUCUCGUCGUGACCUACGUGAUAUGAUCAGAACAACUAGAGCCGUAGAUAUAAUCAACGGUGGUGUUAAGGCUAACGCAUUGCCAGGGUUGACUAGUUUUGUUAUUAAUCAUAGAGUGGAUAUUCAUUCAUCAGUGAACGAAACUGUGGAGAAUGAUUUGUAUUGGGCUAAAGUUAUUGCUAAAAAACAUGGCUACGGUUUGGCUUACCAUGAUGAAGUUAUCAUUCCGGAAACAAAACUAGGUCAUAUUUCUUUGACUUAUGAGAAGAUGCUAGAGCCUGCUCCAGUGUCACCAACUUCAGGACAUGUUUGGGAUAUUUUUGCAGGUACUGUCGAAAACUUGUUUCAAAAUGAAAUUCUGGCUGAUAAUAAAGAUGCCGAGGUUUACGUCACAGGUGGUUUGUUCUCUGGAAACACCGAUACAAAGUAUUACUGGGAUUUAAGCAGAAACAUAUAUCGGUUUGUUGCUAGUGUGUUUCCAUUACAACAACUGAGAACCAUUCACUCCGUUAACGAGCAUAUUUCUGCGUCUUCUCACAUGUCAGCGAUUGCUUUUGUGUAUGAAUAUAUUGUUAAUGUCAAUGAAUAUGGUCAUGACUGA